UUUAACUGUCGAAGUGUCAACAAUGUGAGCGCGAUGUUUAGUACAGCUGUGUCGGUGGGUGUGCUCUCCGGCGGCGUCACCGCCCGCACGCCUGUCAAUGCGGAGUGGAUAUGCGGCAAGCGGCGUGACGCGGCCUGCGCACGCAGCCUCGGCCCGCGACUGCCAAUAACUCGCUAGAAGCCGUAGAACGCGCGCCACUCGCUCCUCAACCAAAUAUCGACGCGUAAACGUACAACCACCCUGUUCAAGUCACACUGAAAACUGUGCCAUGGUUUUAUAGUGCCACAGUGCUACCUCCAACAAUAUCAUUGGAUUUUUAAUACAACGCCUUCUACUCCGGCCAGUGCUACAUCUUAUCAGUUUAUCAGUCAACUGAAACUCACGAUUUUUUCAUAUGUCAACAGUAAUCGAGGUACGAUAGUACAGGCGGGAGGAUGGCAGCAGGAGCUACUGUUCUGGCGGCCAGGAGGGGAUAGUGUUCCGCGAUGUGGGUGCGGGUGGCGCGGGCCCUGCGCGCGCUGCGCCGGGCCGCGCUGCUGCUGCCGCUGGCGCUGACUGCGCUGGCGCUGCUGCUGCUGCCGCGCCCGCCACCCCUCGCGCCCUCGCCGCGUAGCCCCUCCGCGCCGGCGCCGCCUAGGGAAGAGCCACACGUACAGAUUCAACAUUUGGACGUGGUCACGGAGCCGGAAUACGUAGUGGGCCAUGAGGACGUUUCGACCCAUUUGCCGUGGUUCAUGCGUGGAGGGGAGCAUCGGCCCUGGCAGCACGAGCCUGACGCCAAACUGUUCCCUGAAGACGCACCAGGUGACGACAGAGUCGUCCAACAGUUAAUGUAUACGCUUCCGAAAAACGAAAAUGUGCCUAUUAAGAAAAUCCUCCUUGCGAACGGUUUUGGCGCAUGGGGCGUGGCCGCAGGACGAACGGAAUUCGUUCGAAACAAGUGUCCCGUGGACCGCUGCACGCUGUCGUCUGACACCAGGGACGCGGCCACGGCUGAUGCUAUCCUCUACAAAGACCAUCACACUCCUUUCAACGUUAAACGUCCGCUUACGCAGAUUUGGAUCCUGUACUACCUAGAGUGUCCAUAUCACACAGCGUCUCUACGGCCAUCCUCAGUGGAUGUCUUUAACUGGACGUCAACUUACCGCCGCGAUUCAGAUAUCGUUGCACCCUAUGAACGUUGGGUUUACUACGACCCUCUAGUCACCGAGAAAGAUCUCGAUAGAAAUUAUGCAGCAAAUAAAACCAAAAAGGUGGCGUGGUUCGUAUCGAACUGCCACGCCCGCAACCGCCGCCUGCAGUACGCGCGGCAGCUCAGCAGGCACAUCCAGGUGGACAUCUACGGUGCGUGCGGCUCGCACCACUGCCCCCGCACUGACCCCAACUGCCUGGAGAUGCUCGACAGGGACUACAAGUUCUACCUCGCAUUUGAAAAUUCUAACUGUCGUGAUUACGUCACAGAAAAAUUCUUUGUCAACGGACUACAACAUAACGUACUGCCAAUAGUAAUGGGUGCACAGGCGUCAGAGUACGCCGCUGUGGCGCCCCACAACUCGUAUGUCCACGUGGAAGAGUUCGCCAACCCAGAAGAACUCGCCAAUUACUUAAAGCGCCUCGAUGAAGACGACAACCUGUAUAAUUCGUAUUUCAAAUGGAAGGGCACAGGCGAGUUCAUAAACACGUACUUCUUCUGCCGCGUGUGCGCCAUGGUGCACGCCAACGAGCGGCGGCAGCGCAGCGCGCACUACAGCGACGUGCAGGCGUGGUGGCGCGACGGGGCCUGCACGCGCGCGGACUGGCGCGCCGCGCAGCGCGACACGCGCGACAACGGCUAGCCGCGCGCGCGGGCCCGCCUCACGCUGCUCUACACACAUACCUCCUAGCAAACUUAAUGACUGCUCUGAGAAACGGACACUCACUCAUUCUUACAAAGGAGCAACUUCUAUAGCGCCACGCUAUAUAUUAUUUUUGUCUGUUUUGGUAUCAUCGACUAAGCGGUACGAAGUUUGCCAGUCAGUUAUUUAUAUGUAUCUUGAAAUAUACGCGUGGCAAUACAAUGGAGUAUGGUCACCGUAAUCUGAGAAGACAUUAAGUUUGUUUCGAAUUAGGUUAUAUUAUACGCUUUGAGCCCACCUCGUACUAGAGGUUCGAAUAAUUUUACACAGUUGACCGUCGCCGAUAUCCAGUGCUGUGCAGUUAUAUGAAUAUUUAUAUCAUGUUACGAGUCGAAAGGAAACUGACCAGGCUUAGGAGCAUGGCUGCAAUUGGUUAAAUCUAAGCCUAGUCUAAGUAUAUUAAGUACCAGAGGAUUGAAAGGUACAUUCAGGGUAAAAUGCUGAAUCGAUAUCGCCAAGAGCAUAAGAUCAGCCUGUACCCGUAAUACCUAGCGCAAUGGAUGCAGGAAAUAGCCGCAAAUGCUCCGAAAUUUUGCCAAAUCAGUCAGUUUCCCUCUACCUAAUCGCGUCCAUUAUUGCAUAUAAUAGCGUACAUAACAUGGUAGCGAUUUUGUUAUAUUAUUAUAAAAUUGCCGGUGUUCGGUGUUCUAGUUUAUCCACAAUAUUUUUAUAACAUUAACUAGCGAAGCGUACUUAAAACGCACAUUAAAGUAAGAAAGUGUAAAUCGUUGUUGGCGCCCAACGUGGGGCAGUCAACACUAUGGGCAACGUGAACGAGACCUGAUCUCUCCACUCGGCUCUUAGCGCCAUAGCAAAUUUGCUUUUGCAUUUAAUUAGUCCAAUUCAAGUAGUACCAUGUAAAUCGCGAGUGUUAAAGUUUAGUAUAAACAUUCCAUUCUAGUUUUAACUAUACUGUUAAAAUAUUUUUAAUUGGUUUUUAUAACGAAUUUUAUUAGAUUUAAGAAAUGUUUGUUUCAUAUCAUUAGUUAAUUGUUUUUUAAAGCAUUUUUGUAAAUCGUUUGAAUUUUGUAAAUAUUUUUUAGAGUUACUAGGUAGGUACACACUUCAUAUACCUUUAAUCAAACUUCGGGGUUUCUGUGUUUUUGGUAAUUUGUGCUCGCCUCAUUGGCCAUGUACCUAUUACUGAUGAAAACCUUAUAGCAAUGAAAAUCAUGGUAUGUACCUACAUAGGUUAAUAUAUUAUUAUCAUGUUGGUUGGUUGUUGAGGGCGUUUGAAAAUGUUACUUGAGCGUUUGGGCUAGACUACAUUUUACUUACUUAACAGCAUAAAAAAGAUGAGCAUUAAAAUUGCACUUUUCGCUACUAGGAGCUGACUUAAGUUAAUGUAGGAAUGUCUAGUCAUGAUGCCAUUUAAAGCACAAAUACCAAAAAGUGUAUUUCUUUUAUUCUUUCUUGCGCACAAAUUUGUAAAAAAGACUUUUAUUUAGGACAUAUCUGCUUUUUGCACUUUCAAAAAGGGGCGAAAAUGUGUAGUAUUAUUUGCAGUGAAUCCUCUGUAGUUAUUUGGUCGUGACUGGGUAAUGUCAGACGUCAGGUGGUAAUGGCACAAGUUCUGCGUAAAUAGC